AUGAAACGAGAGGAGCGGGACGAGGCCCCAGCCCCGAAAGCAGCACCGCCGACAAAGCGGAUCAAGACCAAGAAGGAGUUUCCUGUCGUCAUCUGCGUCUUCAGGGGAGAAUCGUCCAAGGACCCAUCCGGAAGGAAACGAGGCUGGUGUAGCUCAGGACUGAGGCAGGCACCCACCCCGCUCCAGAUCGAAGACAAGCGCUUCGCUGAGGUUGAGCAGUCUGGAAAAAUCCUGGUGCCUGCUUGCUGGGAUUGUGCAGACUGCGCCCUGAAGCUGAGACCUGGCGUUCCCCUGAACAUCUUGUGCGAGUGGUAUGUAGCCGGACCUGCAUGCAUCCAGGACCCUGGAUUCAAAGCCGAAUUUGAUGGGGCGAUCAAGGUGUGGCACGCAUUGUCGAUGGCCGAGGCGACAAAGCCUCGAUUCUCUCCUGAGGCUUCGGUGUUGAGCCGCCAGGUUUAUGGAAUGCGGAUUGUUCAGGAAUUCGGCUUGCUGACGGAGAAUGAAUACAUUCAGGUGAUCGGCAAUUCGCCGAGUGUGUUGCCGAAGAACAAGGCCUUGAGACCGGUCUCCCUGCCGUUCUUCUCCCCGAACAGCAACACUAACUUCUAUGUCAUCGACCUACUUGGUGCCGACCCGCAGGUCCUGAGUGGGAUGAGAAGGGCUGAGAUCUACUAUGACACGAGCAGCGAGUUGGCCGAGGCGGUCUUGCAAGGGGCCCAGCAGCUCUCGGAGAACCAGGGACACAAGGUUUUCGACUACUUGGCUGCCGGCAUGACCGAACGUCGCCCAGCUCCUUUGAAGGGAUCCGCGAAAGCCCGCCCGAAGAACAUCCAGCAACUCCUCAGCGAGCACGACCUUCAGGAGGCCCAGGUCGAGGUACCGGCAGUAGAGGUUGUUGAGAACGACGAGGAGGAGGAGGACACAGGGGCAGCUGCUGCUGCUGGGAGCUCCACCGAUGAGCCGAGUCGCAUUGCUGGCUUCAACUUGCCCCAGCAAGCCCGGACAGCCUGCAAGAAGCGAGCCAAGCCUGCAACGCCAUCUGCUCCCUCAAGCGCAGCCGCUACGACGAGCUCAAGCCCGGUGCCGGUGCCGGCACCGAAAGCCAGACCCGAGACGCAACGUGAUCCUGCUGGUGGUGACGGUCGCAGUGAAUCUACUGUGAAGAACUGCAGGAACUCCAAAGCCGACAAAGAAGGAGUCUACCAGAAGCUGGACCCGGGCAUGAAACGGGUUGCGGACAAGUACUUGGAACUCAUUCCAAAUGCCAGUGUGCGAAGCUUGGAACACCUCGUGCCACAGAGCUUCCUCUUGAACCCCUCAAAGCAGACGUCAAACUCCCUCACCGGAGCCAAGCGGAUCCUGGAUGGCCUGCAGAAGGGCAAAAGUCUCACUGCGGCUGAGGCUUUGGAGGAACGCCUCCUCCAGUGUGAGCAUGCGGCCGCACUCGGAGGUGGAAUGCUUGUUAUGCAGUGCAAAUUCAGUGACCUGAGAGGACAUUUGUUCCGAACCCAGGACCUCUGGCACUCAUUUCCUUUUCUUCUUCAAGUCCGCGUGUCUCUGCGGUUUGGUGUGGAGUCCAUGAAGGAUUGCUGUGAGCACUACUGGAAGCUGUUCGUUGGCAAGCAGGAUAAAAAAAAGACGAAGGUGGAGAUCACCGAGGGUGAUGGUGAUGGCCCGGACAAGUGCUCGGCCUCCGCAGCAAACAAGGGCAGCAAGGACUCGGCAUCGGCAGCCACUUGGAAGGGGCAGGUUGAAGCCUGCCUUGGAUUGCUUCGGUUCGACAAGGAGCUCCUGAAUCAUCGCAUGUUCCAGUUCCAGUUCGAUGGCAACAAGCCCCAGCUGCAUGACACCAUCGGCCUCAUGAUGCAUGCGCUGAGCGAGAGCACCAUGGACCUGGAAGCCGAGCUGGAGCUUGACCUUGCUGAGGAUGUGAAGGACGGCCAGGGUGACGAGGACGACACGAAGCAGGACGGCGGGAAGAAGAUGACUGCUCUUCAAGGUGUUCGAGCAGCUGUGGAGGCCGGGCUUGUUGCGCUUGAGCUUUUGUUACUUGACUUAGCAGAUGCUAAGGACUUCUAUUUUUCCAAGAUUCCAAGAAUGCCCAGCUUUCAGUUUUAA